AUGAUACAAAAUGAAUUAUGUGAUAGUGAAACGGUCUUAAAAUGUAACAGUCUCGAUGGAAAACCACAACUUGAUUCAUUUCUGAAUAAGGAUGGUUUAAUGUUAAGGACAUACGGGUGGAUAGUAAAAAACGCAAUAGGUAUUAUCAUUUUAAUUCAUGGUUUAAAUUCACAUGUAAGAUUUUCAUUCCUAAGACACAACGUAGAUAUAGUGGGUAACGAGAAGGCCAUAUUGAAAGACGAAAAUAAUUAUUACGUUUACAAGGAUAGCUGGGUAGAGCGAUUUAAUAAGACUGGAUAUUCAGUAUAUGGAAUAGACUUGCAAGGUCACGGGAAAUCUGAUGGAUGGGAAAAUUUAAAGGUUAACGUAAAACGUUUUGAUGACAUAGCAUACGAUGUGAUAGAGUAUAUUCAGAAAAUUCAAGAGAAAUCAGGGAAGAAUGAAAAUUCGUGUGAUGCCCCACCAUCUGGUGAUAAUAAGAGUGUUACUAAAAAAGCCCUUCCCACGUACUUAAUUGGUCAAUCCAUGGGAGGGAAUGUCGUAUUAAGGACAUUGCAAUUGAUAGGGAAAUCGAAAGAUGAGGCCAAGAAAAAAUUAAAUAUUAAAGGUUGUAUUUCGUUAUCGGGGAUGAUUUCCAUCGAGAGAAUAAUUGCGUCACCACGUUCGUUUAAGUAUAAACUUUUUUAUUUGCCUUUUACAAGACUAUUUUCCUUUUGUUUUCCAAGGUUAAGGCUUAUCAAUAAUAUGCGCUAUAUAAAGUACCAGUAUAUGCACGACCUUUAUAAUUAUGAUAAAAUUAGAUACAAAAAAGGAAUAACGUACAGAUUUGCGUACGAGCUUUUAAAAGCAAUGGAUAAUUUGCAAAAAGAUAUGAAGCAUAUUCCUAAGGAUAUUCCCAUUUUAUUUAUUCAUUCCAAGGAUGACACUUUGUGUUAUUAUAGAGGCGUUGUGUCAUUUUUCAGUAGACUAAAAAAUGAUAAUAAAGAAUUGCACAUUCUUGAAGACAUGGAGCAUAUGUUAACUGUGGAGCCGGGGAAUGAAAACGUUUUAAAUAAAAUUAUGCAAUGGCUUUCGAAGCUAAACCCCAAAAGGGUAACUACGAAAUUUAAAAAAAAAAAGAAGAAAAAAAAAAAUUCCUAGCCUUUUUAGAAGCGCAUUUUUGACGUCAUAUUUUUUAUAGUAAAAGGAAAUAAGCUAGUACAUUAUUUCUGUUUUUGCAGUAUAAGUCUCUAUAUUUGUGUGUACACGUAGGUGUGCAGAUGUGCGGGUGUUUGGCUGUUUAGCUGUUUGGCUGUUUGGCUGUUCCGACACUCGGACGCUCAGACGUGUUGUGUGCAGCAUAUCAUGUUACCGUAUUGUUUUUAUUCUAAUUUUUUUUUUAAUUUUGUUAACUAAUUAUCUUACGAAAUUAAUAAAAUUGAUGAACUUUUUUAUUUUUUCUUAUUUUUAUAAUAAUUAAACCUAAAAAUGUAUAAUUUAAUUUAGU